CGCAGCCUAUUUGUAUCAGAAAAAGACGUCGCUCUCUUGAAGAAGAUGUGAGGGAUAAAAGUCGACGGGAUAGAAACCCUUCCAAAAGUGCUGAGAUGCUGAUUGAAAGUGGAGUAACUGAAGGGGACGAAAAAGUCAUGAUGGACAACAUAAUAUACACCAGUUCGUCUGACGUAGUGCCGGCUGAAUACAGUAUACAUAAUCACGAUCAAGCCGAUAAAGUCAUGCAGGACAAUAUUUUGUACACCAGUUCAUCGGAUAUAGAACCGGCUGAUAACAGUAUUGAGGAUCAGAAUCAUGUUGGGAAAGAUGUCUACAGCAAGGUGAAGAAGGUGAAGACGAAUGCAGACCAACAUGAAGUUACUGACGUGUACGCAAAACCGCACAAAGGACGGCAGGAAACACCAAAUGGAGAUGUGUUUGCCAAAGUGAAUAAGGUAAAGAGCAGAGAAGGAACAAGUGAGAAUAUUGAAGACAUGUACGCCAAACCACAGAAAGGCAAACGGAAUCUGAAGAGCAAUGCAGAUGCUGAAUGAUGUUCCAUGAAAUAAGUCUUCUGAGACAUGCUAAAUGAAUAUCGGUGCUCGUGCUCCACGCUAUUGCCAUGAUGCCCUCAACAACCCAGUGAACAAUUUCACGCUGUCACAAUGUUCUGCUUUCGUUGUUACAACGUUAUUCUGUAUACUCCAAUUUACGUUGCCACAACGCUGUGGUCUGACGUUGUGAUAAAGUGUAUUGAGGUAUUGGAUGCUAGUGUAUUUGACGUUGUCUAUUAAAACGUUCUGCAUAACGUUAAUGGUUGAAUAGCUUUCCCAGUAGCGAACAGUACAUCAGAAACAAAGCAGAAAUUCACUUCAAUGUUUAUUCGUCAUCUUGGAAGUUGUAUUCUGAAGGUGUAGCUGAAUAGCGAAAAAGGAAUCCCAAAUUGAAACGUUUUACAGAAAACUCCAUGGCACCACAUUAUAAGAAACGUUAUUAUAGCGUUGUGAGGAGCCCAAAGUAUAACGUUUCCUCAACGUAAAUUUGCAACGUUGUUAUUACGCUGUGACAUAACUUUAUAAAACGACGUAAUACUAACGUAGUGACAACGUUGUGUCAUGACCUUACCAAUCUACAACCUUCCCACAACGUUGUGAAAAUGCUGUGUGUUACCUGGGAAUUCCUUAUUCAUAUUAUUCCAAUUAAAAAAAUACAUGCAAAAUGAUUUAUGUUUAUUAAUGCUUCAACAACGUCGUAUUUAAUAGGGGCAAUAUUUUCCGAGACCAAGUAAUAAAAUAUAUGCUUGAUGCCUUUGCAAUUGCGCUAUACGUAUGUGUACAUUGUACCGCUUUUGCCUCAUGGAUCGCAGAAUACCAUGGGCGUAGAGCUUAAAAUAUACUCCUCAGAAAAGAUGUAAGCAACAAGUAUAUUCAGUAUAAUAUUAUUAUCACCAAAAAUUAAG